AUGGCAUCUGUUGAAGUUGAAUUGGGUGUUACCCCAGAAACUACCUAUAGCAUUGCCGGUAAGCAAAUCAAGUUUGAUUCUCAUGCUGAUAUCGAACCUUAUUUGAAAGAAUUUGAAUCAAAAGACAAAGUUAGCAAAAUUAAUUUCAGUGGGAAUACCAUUGGUAUUGAAGCAUCUGAAUCGUUAAGCAAAUCUCUUUUGAAACAUAAGGAUACUAUUGUAGAAAUUGAUUUCAGUGAUUUGUAUACUGGGAGAUUAAAUACCGAAAUCCCUCAAUCAUUAGAAUUUUUAUUACCAUCGUUAUUAAAAUUACCAAAUUUGAAAUUGCUUAAUUUGAGUGAUAAUGCAUUUGGAUUACAAACCAUUGAUCCUAUUGAGGCUUAUUUACCUAAGGCUAUCACUUUGGAUCAUAUUAUUUUAUCUAAUAAUGGUAUGGGUCCAUUUGCUGGGGCAAGAAUUGGUAAGGCAUUAUAUAAAUUAUCUCAAGCUAAAAAAACCGCUAAUAAACCAUCUUUGAAAACUUUUAUUUGUGGAAGAAAUAGAUUAGAAAAUGGUUCUAUCAAUUAUUUAGCUAUUGGUUUAAGAAAUCAUCAAGAUUUACAAGUUGUUAAAUUAUAUCAAAAUGGUAUUAGACCAACUGGUAUUUCCAAAUUAAUCUCAAAAGGUUUAAGUCAUAAUAAAAAUUUAACCAUUGUUGAUUUACAAGAUAACACUAUUACUACUCAAGGUUCAAUCGAAUUAGCUGAUUCCAUUUCAAAUUGGUCUAAGUUAGUUGAAUUAAACUUAAAUGAUUGUUUAUUAAAAGCAAAAGGUUCUUUAGCUUUAGUUGAAAGUUUAUCAAAAAUUAAAUUACCUUCUUUAAAGCUUUUAAAAUUACAAUAUAAUGAAUUAGAAAAUGAUUCUUUAUCUAAAUUAGUUAAAGUUAUUCAAGAUAAUUUACCAAAUUUAAAAUCUUUAGAAUUAAAUGGUAAUAGAUUUGAAGAAGAUUCUGAUUUAAUCGAAAAAAUUAAUGAUAUUUUCACCGAAAGAGGAUUUGGUGAAUUAGACGAUUUAGAUGAUUUAGAAGAAAUAGAUAGUGAAGAUGAAGAUGAAGACGAUGAUGAAACUAAUGAUGAUGAAGCGGAUGAUGAAGACUUGGAUCAAUUAGAAAAAGAAUUGGCUAGUCUUGAUCUUAAUCAAAAUGAUAAGGCUGUUGACGAUAUCGCAGAUGAAUUAUCAAAAGCUCAUAUCAAAUAA